AUGGCUCCAGCUGCCUUUGAUGCCAACACACAACUCAACUAUGCCCGCCACAUCAAGUACUGGCGGCGGAACCUGAAGACUCUGCUGCCGCACUUCUACACCAGCAAUGACUCCAACCGCAUGCUGUUGGCCCUUUUCACCGUGUCCGCUCUCGACAUUCUGGGAGAUUUAGACGCUGCUUUGUCAGUCGAGGAGCGCCAUGGGCACAUCGAAUGGGUCUACAGCUGCCAACUGCCUGAAGGCGGCUUCCGCCCGUGGCCAGGGUCCAACUACGGCGAGCUCAGAAGCGAAGAAAACAAGAACUGGGACCCUGCCCAUAUUCCUGGAACUUUCUUUGCCCUCUUGACGCUGGUCGUACUGGGAGAUGAUCUGGAGAGGGUCAAGAGAAAGGAGAUCUUGACAUGGCUGGUCAAGAUGCAGAGACCAGAGGGUAGCUUUGGGGAGACUUUGGGCGAUGGCGAUUACGUUCAUGGCGGUAACGACUCAAGAUUCGGCUACAUGGCUACAGCUAUCAGAUGGAUACUUCGAGGCAACCUCGAGGGACCGUGUGAGGGUAUUCCAGAUAUCGAUGUUGACAACUUCGUCACGUGUGUCCAACAAGCAGAGUGCUACGACGGAGGCAUCUCGGAAUCGCCUUACCAUGAAGCGCAUGCGGGCUUCACCUGCUGCGCCAUCGCUGCCCUGGCUUUCUUGGAUCGUCUGCCCUUACCUCCAUCACAAAAACCGGACGGUGUCAUCCGCGGAGUAACCGACGUCCCAAAGACGCUACACUGGCUCGUCUCACGGCAGACGCUGACUCUAGACGAGGACGACGGCUUGGAUACUAUGAAUGACGAGACAGAUACAUCAGAAACCUGCCAUGACGCGCAUACGUUUGUCAAGCUGGGCGCCUACCCAUCAGUACAGGCAAAAACCAACACAAAAGGACGGCCUCACAUUCACUUCGAACUCGAGUGGGUUGGAGUGAAUGGUCGAUGUAACAAGGUAGCAGAUACAUGCUAUGCUUACUGGACCUGCACGCCCUUACAACUCCUCGGUCAUCUAAAUAUUGUCGAUCGGCAACCGAUCCGGAAGUGGUUACUAGAUAAGACGCAACAUCUCGUGGGAGGAUUCGGCAAAGUCACAGGAGACCCACCCGACAUGUAUCAUUCUUUCCUAGGCCUCAUGGUUCUUGCCAUGUUUGGAGAGACUGGCCUUCAGGACGUUGAUCCGGCUCUGUGUAUCACGCACAAGGCGAAGAAGCACCUAGAAUCACUUUCGUGGCGGAGGAAGAUUCUAGGACUAGACAAAGAAUCCAAUGGUGCAAAUGCUCCCUCACAAGAAAGCAUUGGCCUGGCUGGUGAAAGAACGCAAAUAGAUGCAUAG